AUGACUUGGUCACCAUGGCUAAUCAUAUUUGUUAUCAUUGCUUGUCUUAUGAUUAUCGUUAGCAUUCUCGUCGCUAUACUUUAUUUUAGGAUUGAUAGUAAAAGACGAACAAUGUUAAAAGAGAAUUAUCCCAUACCACAGGAAAUAUGA